AUGUCAAGGUUUCGAUUUGGACGGACAAAUAAUGGUUAUACUCAAGUACCGAAUGACGACAGUGGCUUUUGUGAUUCCCAGUUUGAAAUACCACCUCAGAAAAUCCCAUGGAAAGCUAUUGCACUAGCUUCAUUUCUAUUUAUUGUUGGGUCAGUCCUACUGACAGUUGGAACACUUAUAGUGACUGGGCACAUUGAUACUAAAUACUCAGACCGUCUAUGGCCCAUCAUAUUGUUAGGUUGUAUCAUGUUUCUUCCAGGUGCUUAUCAUGUUAGAAUAGCAUACUAUGCUUAUAAGGAAUACCCUGGAUAUAGUUUUGCUGAUAUACCAGAGUUUGAAUAG